AUAGUUUUUUUUUUAACAAUAUUUAGCCCCUUAACUGCUCGUAUUUCUUAUCUCAGAAUUGUGGAUGCAAAAAACGUGAUUUCUUCCUCCGAUAGAAAUUUGUACAAAUUACCCCGUCGGGGGCCUCCAUACACGGCCUCGACUUGCGUUUGGUUCAGAUACAGGACACGCAGCAGAGUACCAGUUUGCUCACAUCUACCCAUUCUAAACUCUCGCUGCUUUACAUCUCAGCUUGGACAACCAAAAUAUCACCCCUGGUGUUUGACCUUUUUGUGAUACCAUCGAGCAAUCUGAAGACCAGCCACGAUGUCCAUUAAAAAGUUACCAGACAAUAGCGGGGCCACUCUUACCGUUCUCGAUCUGGAUGGUUACUACCUCCCGACAUUCUUACAACUCAAGAACCACGAGGAAGAGCUGCGGUCCAUGCCUGAUUGGAAGGCAAGAGAUGAUGACGUCAUGAUUUGUACAUAUCCCAAAUCAGGAACACACUGGCUGUGGGAAAUAGUUAGUAUGAUGGUAAGGAAGAAAGCUGAAAGGAUCAAAACCGUCAAGGAAACUGCUAUGAUGGAAAUUAUGGCCAAAGAAACACACGACAACAUCCCAUCCCCACGUGUCCUCAACACCCAUGUGUAUUUUGAGUACUUGCCAAAAGACUUCGCCGAAAGGAAAUGCAAGAUCAUUUAUGCCCUGCGCAAUCCAAAAGACGUAGCUGUGUCAUUUUUCAAUCAUCACAGUAAGAUACGUGAAUAUGAAUUCUCGGGAACAUGGGAAGACUACGUUCAAAGAUACAUCAAAGGCGAUCUCGACUACGGGACUUGGUUCGACUACACAUUAAAGUGGGAAAAAUUCAUGACUGACAACCAAGAUUACCCGAUAUUUGUGACGACAUUCGAGGACAUGAAAGAGGACUCCCUUCGAGAGGUGACCCGGAUCGCUAAAUUCCUCGGGGUAGAUUGUGACCAAACUUUUCUUCAGGAAGUCAACGAUCUCUGCCAUUUUGACCGAAUGAAGAAGGAGAAGAACGCUCUGGAACAGGCCGAUGGAUGGAAGGGGGAUGAACCAGGAAUGUAUCGAAAAGGUGAGGUUGGCGAUUGGAAGAACUGGUUCACGGUGGCACAGAGUGAACAAUUUGAUAUUGUUUACCAGGAGAAAAUGAAAGACUCUAAGGUGAAACCCAGAUUUACCUUACGAAAGUAAACCGUGAAAAAAACCUUUUAUAUUUCAACAUAGCCUAAAGACCACCAUGAUGUUGAUAUAAGUGUAUAAAGCAUGUCCCCUAUUGAACAAAUGAUUACCCUUAAAUAUAGGUGUACAAAGCAUGUCCCCUAUUGAACAAAUGAUUACCCUUAAAUAGGAACAGCUCCUUGCAUUGGUGAUUUACCUCCUAGAGCGACAUAAUAAUUUCGCUGAGCAGAAGUUAAUUUAUUCAAGCGAAAAUCAGUCAUAUCUGUUCUACCUUAAUAUUAUUGAUAUUAUUUUGGUUGUUAUGGACCAAAAUCACGGCAACAUAAUUGCACUCCGGUUUGACGUCAAAACAGGUUAAUUCUGAACAUAUACUAAGUAUGCCUUUUACAUUUACCGAUAGGGUAAAGUAUACUUAUAUAAAGUAUUACUUCUAUUUAAUGUAUUGAAGACGUAUAUUAUGUAACAGUACACCCAUACAUUUGAUAUGUUACUAUAAAUACAUGUAUUGUUAAAGAAUUGAUGUUGUCUACCUGUCAUAUAAUAUAAUAUAAUUGUAUAGAUGUUUGAUCUCGGUUGAUACAGUACGUUGAUGUAUUAACAUAUGUUGUCUACCUGUCAUAUGAUAUAAUAUUGUAUAGAUGUUUGAUCUCGGUUGAUACAGUACGUGGAUGUAUUAAUAUAUGUAUCCGGGUUUAUAGCAGCGUGCGAUAAUUGAAAAUAAAAUGUCUGUUUGGCUUUAAAAUCAAAUUACAAAAUACAGUAUAUAAUCAAUUUGAGUUCUACUGAAUGAUAAAUAAUAAUAAUAAUAAUUUUCUUGGAUAUUGCCAAGAUUUUUUUUUUUUGAUAAUCACAAUCAACCAGGUCUUUACCAGAUUGUAUUUUUGAGCGGUCUGUCAAUAUGAUUAUUUGUUGUCAAUCGAAUGGCACUAUUUCAGCUAAUCAGGAUGUUUGUUUGUUUUAAGGAAGUGUUUAUAUGAUCUACGUUUGUCGUUAUCAGACACACACACGUCAUAUAUUUAAUUUACGCAGAUUACAUUUAAUCAAUUUUCACCUACAUGUAUCAGAUAUCGUUAAAAUCCUCUGUGAUCAAAGCAUUUGAUUUUGUCGACACGAAAAUAAUGCAUCAAAAUACCCUUCCAAUAGCCGAUAAGUAUUUUAACGAAAAUUCUGUAAAAUUUAAACGAAUUAGCUCAAUCAUUUUAAUUAAUAAGAAUGUUUGUCAAAUAUAUAGUACAAUGUAUGUAUUCAAGUAUUUUCUAGAUUCAAUUUAAAUUUUAAAUUUUAAAUGGAUCAUUGUAUAAAAUGGUAAAGCAUGACACCAAUCACUGUUUUAAUAUGAACCAGAUGUGAAAUGAAGUGUAGGGGCGAUAACUCUGUUAUCUUUCUAAUAGAUAUACUUCGUUAACAAAAACUA